AAGAAGAAGUGGUAAAUGGUCCUGUCUCCAGUUCCGGUUCCAGGUCAACAAUUUCUUUUCCAAGCAGUCGAAAUGUUGACUCGACUGUCACGGUUCGGGCCCGCUUUGCCUCGGUUACUCUCUCAUCCACCGUCCCGGUUCGUCUCCCAGUCAAAACCGACUGGUGCCGCUGGUUCGACCGCUGUGACGGAGCUGCACCCCGCUGCGGACAAGGCUGGACACGGUGAGGUCAGCCAGUAUGUCAAGAAUCCAGAUUAUCAUGGCUUCUCCAGUGAUCCUGUGGUGGAUGAGUGGAACAUGAGAGUGGGCUUCUUCUUUGGCAUCUCAUUGGCUCUUGUUCUCGGAGCAACAUUUAUCCACUACUUACCAGACCAUGGUAUGCGGCAGUGGGCCAGGAGGGAGGCGGAGCAUAUGAUCCAGCAGAGAGAGAAGGAGGGUCUUCCUCUCAUAGAGGAAAGCUACUACGACCCAAACAAGAUUGUUCUGCCCUCAGCUGCACAGGAAUAGGAUGUCCAACAUCCACUUACUGUAGUUCAUGAUUAUUAUAUUCCACUGUAAUAGAAUAACAUAUGUACUUGUUGGAUUGUGUAACUGUUAUGUGUGGACAAUGACUCCUUGAAACAGAAAUUUGAUUGUCUCCUAAUCAUUAAAUAAAAGGAAAUCUGCAGUGA